AUACUUGCUUCUCACUUCUGCUUCCAGUUUCAUUUAUCCUAUACAGACAAGGAGCGCUAUGAAAAUGAAGAGAGACCUGAUGUCCAAAAGCAGAUCCUCGUUGAUAUUGCCAAGAAGCUACCAGUUUACACAAGGACUGGAAGUGGAGCUGUAAGAUUCUGUGACCAGUGCCAUUUGAUCAAGCCAGAUCGCUGCCACCACUGCUCUGUCUGUGCUAUGUGUGUUUUAAAAAUGGACCAUCACUGCCCUUGGGUUAAUAAUUGCAUUGGAUUUUCCAACUAUAAAUUCUUCCUUCAGUUCUUAGGUUAUUCUGUUCUCUACUGCCUGUACAUUGCUACAACGGUCUUCAGCUAUUUCAUCAAAUACUGGAGAGGGGAAUUACCCAGUGUUCGCUCUAAGUUCCAUGUCCUUUUUCUCCUAUUUGUGGCCUGCAUGUUUUUUGUCAGCCUUGUGAUUCUCUUUGGUUACCAUUGUUGGCUUGUCAGCAGAAACAAAACCACCUUAGAGGCCUUCUGUACUCCAGUGUUUAUAAGUGGUCCAAAGAAAAAUGGGUUCAACCUUGGCUUCAUCAAAAAUAUCCAGCAGGUGUUUGGAGACAACAAGAAGUUCUGGUUAAUACCUAUUGGGUCCAGCCCUGGUGAUGGACACUCCUUCCCUAUGAGGUGCAUGAAUGAAUCACAGAACCCACUGCUAGCAAAUGAAGAGCACUGGGAAGACAAUGAUUAUGACAACCCAGCUCCAUGGCAUCCAUAAGCCCCAAGUUUAUGG